AUGUGCGAAGUCGACGUUUACUCUUCCAAAAUUGCGCCGUUAACUGAUAACGUUUCUGAGUACGGGGGCGGCGCGCGAGUAGUGUGGGCCAUGUCGGCAGGCGACAGAGAGGCUGAGGCGCAAGCCAAGAAGGGAGAAGAUGGAUCGUCUACUGAAGACAGCAGGGCCGCAGCCGCCCUAAAACAAAACUGGUGCAUUGGGUUGAGGGUUGUCGAGUUGAUCCUAGCCGUAAUCGCCAUUGGUCUCGUAGUGGGUGCUCUAACCGCUCCACAAGUCGUGCAAUCUAACGACCGUCACAUUGCACUUAUCUACUCCGCCUAUUCAAGUUUCAUCAUUAUCACCGGAGUUUUAAUAGUCGCUCGACUGUUUGGAGAGUCCGCGGGAUGGAGGACCUCUAUGGGAUUUUCUAUCCUUGGAUUUAUCAUGUUUACUGCCGCAGCUGGCAUAAUAUUCUAUGACUGGCACAAAUCAUACUACACAAAUAUUCGACCAAACAAGGAGGUUUACAACCUCCUUAUCUCUUCGGGCGUUUUCGCCGUUGUCGACGCCGCCGUAUUCCUUGUUCACGCUUUUCUUACUUUCAGGAAAGAAGCUGAUUAU